UUAUUUGGUUCUUCACUUUCAACCACUUCAGUGUAUGUAUUUUAGAAAACAUGGCAAGAUUUGGGUUUUUUACUCAGUUCUUACUUUUGUCCUUUGCAGCUUUUUUGUUGGUCUCUGAUUCCAGUCUUAUUAAAGUGCCUCAGAGUCAAAGGGCUGCUGGAGUGUUUCUGCUUAUUGAAGGAGAAGAAUACACCUUCAACUUCACUGCUGCCAGAGAUGCCUGCCUAUUUCUGAACGUCACCAUGGCGACCAGAGCCCAGAUGGAACGAGCAUUGCAGCAUGGACUGGAGACAUGCAAAUUUGGCUGGACAGCUGAAAAGAUUGCAAUUAUUCCACGACUUACAUCUGAUGUAAAAUGCGGAAUGGGCAAAAUUGGAGUGGUGACAUGGCAUGCAAGUGCAACAAAACCGUUUGGUGUCUUCUGCUUCAAUGCCUCAGAUUUAGAAGGAACUCCAAACAGAUCAACAACCAGCCCACAAAGCUCAAUAUUCUCGACCACUCGGACAACACUGACCCGAACCUCAACGCCUGCCACACCUCUGCUCAAAUCAACAACCAAGGCUCCACCUUCAACACAGCCAACAACAACAAAAGUCCCUGAGAAGACAUCUUUCAUUUCAACUUCUUCUGUCCUAGUCAAGAGAACACAGUCAACCAGGAUUUCCUCCACCUUCACAGCUCCUAAGACUUUCUCCACCCAUCCUACUUCUCUUUCUCACCGGAUCACCUCAAAGCCCACCGUCAUCAGUUAUGCCUUUUCUACUUCUGCUCAUGUCUCUAAUUUCCCUGUUUCCUCUGAGUUAGUGAUGCCAACAUCGGUGAGCCCCGUAAAACCGCCUCUAGGAGACGUACCAACAGCACUCAUCAUUUUUGGCAUCAUCCUUCUGCUCCUAACAGCAGCAGGCGUUGUGUGGUAUUACAAACUGAAUAUUUUCACCUUUUGGCCUCAGGGGCAGCAGAAGGACGACAUAGAGACAGAGAUGUGGAAGCACACUGACAGUGAGAUGGACCUGCACUGUCAACAUGAAGAUGAUGAAGAAGAAGAAUUAGACAGGAAGUACUCCAGUGAUAUCACGCUGUGUGUGAAUCCAGACAUGAAGACAAACUCGUCAGAGUAGCUUUACGAUUUAUAUGUGGAUUUUUUUCUAAAGUGGAUUGAAUGAAUUACAACUGCAGUGUUACCUGAUAACAGCAUUUUCUCCUUACUUACUGAGGAGAUUAAAAUAGCAUCAGUUAUUCAGUUGCAUGAUCAUAUGCCUCCUAAAUAUCUUGUUUAUUAUUUUGAAGACUGAGGUUUGUCAGCAGUACAAUUCACUGUUUUUUUUUUAUCAUUGGUUAAUUAUAAUUAGCCUACUUGAUUAGUACCAUUAGAAAACACCAUAUAAAGCAUUUGAUUACAUUGAAAAUCGUUUCUGUAAUGAGUUUUUAAAUGUUGAAUGGAUUUAAAAAAAUACAUUUUAUUUUUUGUUUAGCUACUCUUUUGCCACGGACUUGAGCAGACUGCAAUAAAGAGAACAUCAACGCACAA